CACCACGCAGGCAGCGUUCGCCUCACCUCGAUGAUCCCCUCAUUACCGUCGUACGUCUCUGCAGUCACCAGAGUUGAGUGCAUGUCCGGUGUCACACUCCGCCUGAGCGACUUGCAGCUCCGAGACACGGGCCCUCAACACUCGCACUCAAAACCCGCCCUCGCGUGCAUUUGUAAGCUUGCGUCCCACUGCUUAUUGCAACCAUCAGAUGAGCGCAGUCACAGCACACUCACAUCUUGUGUAUCGGAGAAUCUGACUCUGUGGCUUGUUCCAAUAAGCAAAGCUCUGCUCUUGCGAGGUCCGCCUUCGCACACCGCACAGCAGCGCUCCGUCAACACAGACACCAGACAAGCCAUUCGAAUCCCGGGACAGACGCAUUCCUCCGCACAUACACUGCGACUUGCAGUGGAUGCCCAGGUGUUCGCCAGCUCAUUGGCCGCUACUGCAAGCUGCGCUUCAUCGAUCUCGUCAGUGCGCUCGACAAAUUGUUGCGAGUCCGAGCCAUCUAGCAUUUUCCGUGAACCUUUCCAAGCCUCUCUGCUUCGAGCUUCGUCGCAAAUCGAUACGUGCCUAUCCUCAGCGGAGCCUGCGUACAAUGUCGAUAGCUACGACAUCUGCGCAAGUCGGCGGGGCUACACCGACAGGUCUGGCACCUUCCCUGGCUGCUCUCGCAGCACCACGAGCUGUUCGCUUCAUAAGCGCAUCGGAAGCCAGCGAGAUCGAUGCUGCACUCAUGUCCCCGGAUCAGCAUGGAUACGCGUUGGAGCAAUUGAUGGAGCUGGCAGGGUUGGCUUGUGCACAGACCGUCUUCAGAUCUUAUCCUCCGGACACCUUUCCCGUCAUUCUCGUCGCCGUGGGUCCCGGCAAUCAGGGAGGGGAUGGGCUGGUCGCAGCUAGGCAUUUGCAUCACUUUGGGUACAAUGUUCUGGUCUGGGCACCAAGACUCAAGGGCGACCACAUCUCGCGGCUGGAACGGCAGCUGCGCAACUUGGAUGUAUUCUUCGCUAUGGCUGAUGACUCGGGUUUCGAGGACGCGCUAGAUCAAGCCGAUGUGGUUCUGGACACAAUUUUCGGCUUUUCUUUCAAGGGACCUCCGCGAGAACCAUUCGCCAACGUCCUCAAGGCUUUGAUAGAGGAGUCGCGCAUGGAAUUUCAAAUGCGUCGGCCCUGCCCGCCAGUGGUUUCCGUGGAUAUCCCAUCAGGCUGGCCUUCUGAGCGCGGACGACAGAGCGAGAGGUUCAUUCCCGAAGUUUUGUUGUCCUUGACAGCCCCCAAGAGCGGGAUCAGAUCACUGGUGACAGGAUCAAAGCCGGUACGCCACUUCAUCGGAGGGAGGUUCAUUCCCAAAGCGUUAGAGCAUCAGUACGCUUUGGCCUUGCCGGCCUACCCAGGGGACGAGCAAAUUGUGGAAGUGACGGGAUGGGAGGAAAUGUCAUUGGAACAGGCUAGACAUUUGGCUCAGCAGGAGAUGGAAGCUUUGGCGAGCGCACCCUCAAAUAGCGACGAGGUCGCUGCCUCUACCGUCGUUCCCGCUGGCACAGCGGCCGCACACCUCAGUCAUCAAGCCGAUGCUGCACAGAAACUGGAAGCCGGGGCUGUGGAUGACCAGCAGAAGGUAUAG